CUUUUUACCAUUUUUACUCUCUUCUCUUCUCUCUCUCUCGUUGAGAGACACUCAAUGGCCAAAAAGCAACCUUUGGCGGGCGGGUCAAAAUUGACUCUUUUGACCUUUCAUUUUCAUUGAACCUCUAUAGACAGAAAAGGAUGGAUUUUUCUGAUGAAGACGACGACGAAAACUGUUUUGGUUCUCGUUUCAACGACGGUGUAAAUGAAGAAGAAGAAGACGAAGAGGGUUUUGUGUUUAACGACGAUGUUGAAGAGAAUGAAGAAGAAGAGGGUUUUGCGUCUGAUUUCUAUAAGGCUGGUUCUGAUUGGUCUUGUUUAGUGGAAGAUGAAGAGACUGUUUCUUCUUCUGUGAAGAAGAUGAAACAGUCGAACUUGUUUCAGAUUUGGGGUUUACAAGAGAAUUCUCCUGAUACAACGAAGAAGAUGAAACAAACUGAUUUGUUUCAGAGUUGGGGUUUACAAAAGCCUUCUCCUUUCACUUCACCUGCUUCGAAUUCGGCGAAGAAGACGACGAGUGCUCUUGGAAAAAGGCGUAGAGACUCUUCGUUUAGCAAUGACUCGCCUCGACCAUGUCCAUUUUACAAGAAACUUCCAGGAACACCGUUCACUGUGGAUGCUUUUCGCUAUGGUUGUGUUCAAGGAUGUUCUGCUUAUUUCCUUACUCAUUUUCACGCUGAUCAUUACAUUGGUCUCACUAAAGCUUGGUCUCAUGGUCCUAUUUACUGCUCCUCUCUCACUAGUCGUCUUCUUAGACUUAGUCUCUCUGUUAAUCCCUCGUCUAUUCAUCCAUUGGAGCUAGACGUUGAGUACACUAUUAAUGGGAUUAAAGUCACUUUAAUUGAAGCUAAUCAUUGCCCUGGUGCUGCUCUUAUUCACUUUCGUCUCUUAGAUGGAACAUGUUAUCUGCAUACCGGAGAUUUCAGGGCUUCUAAACAGAUGCAAACGCAUCCUCUCCUCUUUAACCAACGAGUUCAUGUUCUGUAUUUGGAUACAACAUAUUGCAAUCCGAGAUACAAAUUCCCUUCUAAAGAAGAUGUGUUAAGUUAUGUUGUGAGAAUCACAAAGGAUUUCCUCAGGAAGCAACCGAAGACUCUGAUUGUGGUUGGUUCUUACAGCAUUGGAAAAGAAUGUGUUUAUCUUGCUAUUGCCAAAGCUCUUGGGGUUAAGAUAUUUGCAAAUGCUUCAAGAAGACGAAUACUGCAAUCUUUUGGUUGGGAUGAUAUUUCGAAGAAUCUUUCUACAGAUGGGAAAGCCACAUGUCUUCAUGUUCUGCCUAUGUCGUCAUUGAAAGUUGAAAGACUCGAUGAACACUUGAAGAUUUAUAGAGAACAGUAUGGAGCAGUUUUGGCAUUUAGGCCCACAGGUUGGACUUACUCCGAGAAGAUAGGUGAACACCUUGAUCUGAUAAAACCAACUUCAAGGGGAAAAAUCACCAUUUAUGGGGUGCCAUAUAGUGAGCAUUCAAGCUUCACAGAGCUUCGUGAGUUUGUUCAAUUCUUAAGGCCUGAUAAGAUUAUUCCUACGGUGAACAAUGGAAAUGCUGGAACUCGCGAGAAAAUGCAAUCAUGUUUCAGAGAAUGGCUCAGACGCUGAGGUUCAACUCUAGGUUGAUGGAUGAUAUAUUGGUAAGAAAAUCAAUGGCUUUGGCCAUUCUAUUUCUAAUAUUAUUUCCUUUUUCUGCAGUUUCUGAAUCCCAAUAUGUUGAUCAUUGAAGCUUUCAAAGGAUGUGUGAUGCUUCUGUAAGAUCUUGGUUAUUGCAAUUGGUGAAUACAGUAGAUUGAAAUACUUGAAGGAUUCAUAAUAUUCUUUGAUCUAGAUGUUUUAUUCUUAGUUAUUUCUCUUAUACUAAUCUAGUAUAUGUUUCUUUUUUUUGUGUGCACACUAAUCUAGUAUAUCUUCAAGUGGCUAAUUUGUUUAGUUAUGAUGGUUGGGAAAGAUAAGAGUUCAGAGAAACAAUACUGUCUACCAUUUUACUUCUCUUUACCUAGAAGAAGGGUUAGCAUCACACGAGUAGACAAUGCAAAGAGGGAAUAAGAUAACCAAAUCAGAUUCAGAAUCUGGAGAUAGAAGAUUGCCAUUAACCUCAUUGCAAAACUUGAUUUGUCGCUGUGUAGAGAACUCUGAAGAGAUUUUAUAUUGUAGUCAUAUUUCAAAGCAAUUAGCUGAAUCACCGGGAAUUGGACCAAUCUUCAUCUUGUCUGCACUGCCCUGUUGUGAAAGGGUUCCUUAUCUUAGUUGCAUUGUUCUGUGAGUGAUUUACUGUCUUAAAAUCGUUUAUCUUCGUGUAUUUGAUUGUUUCAAAGAGCAUCUAAAACAAUGGAUCCUAUGAGUUAAUAUAAUCUCUAUAUAUCUUUUGCU